UUCCAUGAUCCCGGCAAUAUACACAUUUCUGUUAUCGCAUAAUAAUAAAAACCUAUCUAUUGAUUUAAGAUUUGAACUAAUGAUAACGAAAUUUCAUUUUAUUGUUUUAAUAUAUAUAAAAUGGCACUCGAACCAAAAGCGAAAAUGUAAGGAUUACAAAUGUAAGUCAUAUCACGGCAUGUUGGGCCGUAAACAAAGCAUCCGUAUAGAUAUAAUGGCUCCUGAUUAUGUUCAGGAGGAAUCUCUGAACGAGAAUGCCGAAAUCGAUUGGGUAAACAAGGUAAAUUUGCAAAACACAAAAUAAUGUUACAAAAUGAACGUGUAUUUAAUCAAAUUGUGUGCAUUUUUUUCAAGCUAUGGGUCCGACGGUUGAUGCGUUUUUGUGCCCUGUUGAGUUUACUCUGUGUCAGUCUCAACACGCCAAAAACUUUUGAGGCUUUUCCAUUUUUACAGCUUUCAACUUUUGUGUGUGAUUUACUCGUUACUUGUUUGUACACUGCUGAAAUGAUUGCUAAGAUGCACAGUCGUGGGAUUUUAAAAGUAUUUUUAUUUUCAUUCAUACCAAUCAUUAUACAAAUUGUAUAAUUUUAUCAUGGUUAUAAAUUAUGUUAUUAUUGUUACUUAGGGAGAAUCACCAUAUUUGAAAGAUCACUGGUGUCAAUUUGAUGGCACAAUGGUAGUGUUCCUUUGGUUGUCUGUAAUAUUACAGAUUUUUGAAGUUGUCAAUAUUUUACCUCAAUUUAGAUACUUAUCAAUAUUGAGGGCACCAAGGCCUUUUAUUUUGAUCCGAUUUAUUCGUGUCUUCCUAAAAUUUUCUAUGCCAAAGUCUAGAAUUAAUCAAAUUUUUAAGUAAUGGAACUUAAAUAUAAAAUUGUUUUAAAUUUAAAUUUUUAAUCAUUUAUUAUUUUUUAUUAGGCGAUCGAGCCAACAAAUCUACAACGUAACACUGUUCUUCCUAUUUUUUAUGUCUUUAUAUGGUGUACUUGGUGUUCAAUUGUUUGGUGAAAUGAAAAAUCACUGUGUUCUUAAUACAACAGAUGCUAAGUAAAUGGUAAAUGAGUUUCUUAUAAUAAUAGUUAUUUAAUUAAUAAAUGAUUCAGCAGAAAAAUAACCCUUAAUAAUUUGGCCAUACCUGAUUCAUUUUGUUCUACCGAACCGGACGCUGGAUAUCAGUGUCCAGAAGGUAUGAAAUGUAUGAAAUUAGAAUUAUCAAGGUACAUAACUGGCUUCAGUGGAUUUGAUGAAUUUGGUAUAACAUUAUAUCAUUGUGUAUAUACUUUUGAUGUUUUAUUUGAAAUAUUUUCUAUUCUAGCAACAAGUAUUUUUACUGUGUACCAAGCAGCGUCACAAGAAGGUUGGGUGUACAUUAUGUUUCGUACAUUUGAUAGUCUUCCAGCCUGGAGAGCUAUUUUUUACUUUUCUACAUUAAUAUUCUUCUUAGCAUGGCUAGUUAAAAAUGUUUUUAUUGCUGUCAUAACAGAAACGUUUAAUGAAAUGCGUGUGCAAUUUCAACAAUUAUGGGGAAGUAGAAGACAUGUUGGAAAUAAAACUUCUACUGAAGUAAGAUUAAUCAAAUUGUUCUGUAUUAGUUUUAUAUUUCAAUUUUAAACAUAUUUUGCAUUCGUAUUUAUUAAUUUACUGUCUGUGUAAAUAUGGUAAGAAUCUUUAUAUAAUUUCAAUAUCAAAUGUUUUUUAGAUUUUAGUCAGUGAUGAAAGUGGUUGGAGAUUAGUUACCCCAGAACAAAAUAAACAUAGAACAUUAGCAUUACCAUUGGGACAUUCAAUUCUUAACUCUGCUUGGUUUAGAUUACUUGUUAUGUGUAUUAUACUUAGUAAUGGUAUUGCCAUGGCUACAAUGAAUUUUAAGCAUGAUGGGCGACAAAGAAAAGAAUUCUAUCAACAAUAUUACUAUAUAGAAGUAAUUAUUCUGUUAUAUUUAUUUUGUUGUUAUUAGUUAAUAGUAGUUCUGUAAUUCCAGGUUGUGUAUACUAUAAUAUUUAACUUUGAAACGUUAUUUAAAAUGAUUUUGCUUGGAUUUAAUGAAUAUUUCAAACAUUCAUACCAUAAGUUUGAAAUAAUGCUAGCUGUCGGAACUACAUUGCAUAUAGUUCCACAAUUUUAUUUAUCGGGCUUAACCUAUUUUCAGGUUUGUUUUAUACUUAAAUGUAAAUUUAUGUUAAAAUUAACUUCAAUAAAUUAUGUUUAGGUUUUAAGAAUUGUUCGAUUGAUAAAAGCUUCUCCAAUGUUAGAAGAUUUUGUUUAUAAAAUAUUUGGACCCGGAAAAAAACUGGGUAGCCUUAUCAUAUUUACUUUGUGUUUGUUAGUGAUUUCAUCAGGAAUAUCAAUGCAAUUAUUUUGCUUUUUAUGUGAUUUUUCAAAGUUUUCCACCUUUCCAGAAGUAAUUACCAAUAAUUCUUAUUUCAUUUAAAUAAAAUUAAAAUUUUUGUUUACUGAUAGGCAUUCAUGUCCAUGUUCCAAAUUCUUACUCAAGAAGCCUGGGUUGAUGUUAUGGAUGAAACUAUGUUACGUACUCGUAAAACAUACUUAGUCCCAUUAGUUGCAGUAUAUUUCAUUCUCUAUCAUUUGUUUGUCACACUUGUAAGAAAUUAUUUAUUUUUGAAAUUUAACCAUGAAUCUUAUUGUAUUAAUAAUUCUUAUAACUAUACAAUUUAUAUUAGAUUGUUUUAAGUCUUUUUGUUGCUGUUAUUUUGGAUAAUCUUGAACUUGAUGAAGAAUUAAAAAAGUUAAAACAACUGCGUUUCCGUGAACAAAGUGCAGAAAUAAAAGAAACUUUACCAUUUAGACUGAGAAUUUUUGAAAAAUUUCCAGAUCGUCCAAAGAUGACAUCUAUACAUAAACAACCAUCUGAUUUCAAUUUGCCUAAGGUAAAGAUAAUAUUUUACCUAUUUAUUAAAUUAAAUUGAUAUUUAAAUUUAUUUGUUUUAGGUCCGUGAAAGUUUUAUGAGACAAUUUGUUUUAGAUAAAAGUGAUGAAGAAACAUCUUUAGAAAAUAUAAAUAAAACAAGUGAAGUAGUUACACCACCUUCAAUGACUCGUAAACAACAUCCAAUGCAAUUAUUAUCCAAUCCACCAAAAGUACGAACAGUAACACCUGAAAUUCGUAAAGAAAUCAUCUCUAAUAUUAUCAAGUUCGUAAUUCAGAAUAUAUUAGUAUAACUAUAGUGAUUUUACUGAACUAAUAGUAUUCACCAACAGGAACAAAGCAAAAUUAGUUUUAUUUAUAAAUAAAAUAAUUUAUUAUUUAUUACAGUGAUUCUAAUAAUCAACGAUUACUUUUGGGAGAUUCAACAUUUUUACCUCCAAAUGUUGGUAAUAAAGGUGCAUUACAUUCUCAAGGUACUGUAAAUAUGCACCAUACACGAAUAGAUCAUAAAAAGUAUGUGCAUUUAUUAUUGAUUAAUUAAUAAAUAAUUUAUUAAUUAAUUUAUACUUAUUUUAAUAUUAAGGUCUAUGAGGCAUAGCAUUCGUCGUGGAUCAAUGAAGCUUAAACAAACAUAUGAACAUCUCAUGGAAAAUGGAGAUAUAGGGGGCAUGAAUCGUUUAGCUACAGCUACAAGAGCUAGACCCCAUGAUCUUGAUAUCAAGUUAUUACAAGCUAAAAGACAGCAAGCAGAAAUGCGGCGUAAUCAAAGAGAAGAAGAUUUACGCGAAAAUCAUCCAUUGUUUGAUACUCCUUUAUUUAUUGUCCCAAGAGAAUCCAAAUUUCGUAAACUAUGUCAAUUAAUUGUAUAUGCUAGAUAUGAUCUUAAACUCAGAGACCCACUCACUGGAGAAGAGCGACAAGUUAAAUAUAAAGGAUUUCAGUAAGUUAUUAACUUUUUAAAUAUAAAAUAUAUAUUAUUAUAUUAUACACUGAAUUGUGUUUUGGAUAUUACUUGAAAAAUUAAUUUUAAACAUUAAACACAUAAUAUCAACAAACAAUUUAUGAAUAUGUUCAAGAUUCAAACCCGCUUUUAAAAUAAAUAUUCGAUAAUAAUUAUAAAUAGUUACAGACUUCAGAUUUUCUCUGUGUAAAGUUUUUUUACAAUCAAUUUAGAAUUCCAUUUCAAUUAAAAUUAAUUUUUAGCUAAAAAUAUCCAAGUUGUAAAGUCAUAAUUAUUUGAAAUUGAAAAUGAUGUCCAUGACUAGGCCAUUCUAGUGUUUGUACAUCAUGUUUUAUGGUUGUAAUUGGACAGCGCUCUGUCAAGUUCAUGAAUUUUGGUUUCGGUCCUCUUGUAAAAUUAUUUACUUGUAUUAUAUAUUACAUAUUAUUAAUUAUAUAUUAUUAAUUGUAGAUUCUUAAUAGAUACAAUGAGAGACUUUGUAAUUUUUAAUAAAAUCACGAAAAAAAAAAUUGUUUUUUUCUAUCAUUCUUACACAUUCAUCUAGUCAAUCUAAAUAAUAAUUUAAUUCAAACAAAAUAAAUUAGGUACCACAAUUAAAUUUUACAAAUUUAUAAUUACUAUUUUAAUAUAAUUUUAAAUUGGAUAUGCAUUAUUUACAGUAACUUUUUGGGACUUGUAACGUGUUUGGAUUGGUUAAUGAUAUUGGUCACCACAUUAAGUUGUAUAUCCAUGAUGUUUGAAACACCAUUUUAUCGUGUAAUGGAAACUCCAGCUUUACAAAUUGCUGAAUAUGUAUUUGUAUGCUUUAUGAGUAUUGAAUUAGCAUUAAAAAUAUUAGCUGACGGAGUUUUUUUUACUCCCAAAGCAUAUAUGAAAGAUGUAGCUGCUAUAUUAGAUAUAUUUGUUUACAUAGUAAGUUUUAUUUUAAAUUUCAAAAGUGAUUUUAUGUAUGAUUAUUUUUUUGUAAUUUAAGACAAGUUUGGUGUUUUUAUGUUGGAUGCCAACUAAUGUAGCUACGAAUUCUUCAGCUCAUUUGUUAAUGAUUUGUCGGUGUGUUCGUCCAUUACGUAUAUUCUCAUUAGUUCCUCAUAUGAGAAAAGUAGUUGAUGAACUUUGUCGUGGAUUUAAAGAAAUUUUAUUGGUUAGUAAAAUCUGAAGUAUAUUAUACUUUAGUAUAUACCUAUUAAAACUUGUAAAACAAUUUGAGUCUCAAAACAAACAACAAAUAUAUUGUUAUGUGUGUGUGAAUAUUAUUUUUAGGUGUCUGUACUAUUGAUUGUAUUGAUGUUUGUAUUUGCCAGUUAUGGUGUUCAAAUUUUUGGUGGUCGUUUAGCCCGAUGCAAUGAUCCUUCUAUAAGAAGACGUGAAGAUUGUUAUGGAGUUUUUAUGCGUAAAGUUUUUGUUACAAAAAUGAAAAUAAAACCUGGAGAUAAUGAAACUUAUCCAGCCAUUUUAGUACCUAGAGUUUGGUAAGUAAUAAAUUUGUAUAAUCUAUUAGCAGUGUUUCUCAACUUUUUUACUCUGCCUCGACCUAAAUAAAUAUUCAAUUUUUCAUUUCUAAAUAAAGAAUUCAUACAAAAUAUUUUAUAUUUUUGGCUACCCAAUAUUUUAUACUUUUGGUAACCCUAAAUAAUUAAUUGACGACCCAUUAGGCAGUUGUGCUCCCCAGAUUGAGAAACGCUGCUCUAUAGUACCCAUAGGAUACAAUUUAAUAAAAUACUAAAAAAAAAAAAUAAUUCAAAAUAACAAAACAAAUUGAGGAAUUGUGUAUUGACAAUGAAGGGCGAACCCGAGGAGGUUCAAUUUCGAUAAUAUAGGGUAUGCAAUGCUGACGCUGUUUGAAGUGUUAUCAUUCAAAGGCUGGCUGGAUGUUCGUGAUAUAUUGAUCAGCGCUUUGGGACCAGUAAUGUUCAAUUUGUUCGCCAUGAUCGGGCAUGCGUCUUUAAACUUUUCAUUGCAAAAGCUUAGGGAUUUAGCCCUAACUUAGAAUAAAAGCAUGGCUAUAAUUAUAUAAAAUAUAUUAUUUAGCCUCUAUUUUAUUUUUUUAGUGUUCAUUAAGAUUUUUAGCUUUUAAUAUUACAAUAAUUCAUUUUUUUUUUUUCUAAAAUUGAUUAUUGUGAAAGUCUAAAGGAACCAAAGUUUGUUAUCUUUGUGAUUUAACAAAAUUUGUACCUAGUUGGCUAGAAUUUAUUUUAUUAUCCUAUGCUUUCUAGCUUCUAUUUUGUUUUUAUAAUUUAAUUGCUUAGGAAAUGAUUAAAGACUUUUAUUUUUAAUUUAGUGGUAUAGCAUGUUAUUAUUAUUUAUUAAAAUAAUACAAAUAAAAUAAAGUAAUAUUUUCUUUUUUGAUUAGAUUCAUGCAAUAUACAUACAUAUAUUCAUAUUCUUGGGAUGUAUGAUUGGACUUACUUUAUUUGUUGGUGUUGUAAUUGCUAAUUACUCUGAAAAUAAAGGAACUGCAUUACUGACAGUAGAUCAAAGACGAUGGUAAAUCAGAUGAAUAAUCUUCAUCUUAAAUACAAAAUUAAUUUAUAAUCAAAUUUUGUAGGUGUGAUUUAAAGAAAAGACUUAAAAUUGCUCAGCCUCUACAUUUACCUCCCAGACCAGAUCGCAGAAAGUUUCGAGCAUUUAUUUAUGAUAUUACACAAAAAAUACAUUUUAAAAGAUUUUUUGCUGUUAUUGUGUUAAUUAAUAGCUGUUUGUUAUGUGUUUCGGUAAUUGAUUAUUAAUUAUUAAUGUUCUCUAUAUUGAGCUAAUAUUUUAUAAUAGUGGCGGGCUGAAGAAAAACACACAGAACCUUUAUCAUUGGUCAGUGCAUUUCUUACAUUAAUAUUUGUGGCUGAAGUUAUUAUGAAAAUGAUUGCAUUCACUGCUCGUGGUUAUUGGCAAUCACGUCGAAAUCGAUAUGAUCUUUUAGUCACAGUUUUAGGAGUCAUUUGGAUAUUCACACAUUUUACCUUGCAUGUAAAUACUUCUAUAUUGUAAUUCUUAAACAUUGAAAAAUUAAUACAUUAUUUUAUUUCAGAAUGAAUUAUCUUUCUCAUUUGGUUAUAUUGUUGUCGUAUUACGGUUUUUUACAAUCACAGGAAAACACGCAACACUUAAAAUGCUCAUGUUGACUGUUGGAGUUUCUGUAUGUAAAAGUUUCUUCAUUAUAUUUGGUAUGUUUUUGUUAGUGUUUUCAUAUGCUUUGGCUGGAACUAUUUUAUUUGGUACUGUAAAAUAUGGUGAAGGGAUUGGCAGGUAAUUUCAUCAUUAUAAGAAUAUUUAUUAUAUACUAAUUAGUAUAUUAUUUUUAUAUCUUAUAUCUUUUAUAUCUUUUAUAUCUAUGAUUUAGACUUGCAAAUUUUGGUUCUCCUGUAACUGGAGUAGCUAUGCUAUUUCGCAUUGUAACUGGAGAAGAUUGGAAUAAAAUUAUGCACGACUGUAUGAUCUUACCACCACAAUGUACUCCGGCGGCUAACUAUUGGCAAACAGACUGUGGAAAUUAUGCAGCUGCUUUGAUUUAUUUCUGUUCUUUUUAUGUUAUGAUCACAUAUAUUGUUCUAAACUUAUUAGUUGGUAAGAAUUUAUUCAAUAUUACAAAAAAUGAACAUUUAUUCAUGAAUAAUUUUAUAAAAUUGAACAAAAAUAAUUUUUAUUAUAGCUAUUAUUAUGGAAAAUUUUUCACUCUUUUAUUCCAACGAAGAAGAUGCUUUACUUUCAUAUGCUGAUAUAAGGAAUUUCCAACACUCGUGGAACAUUGUUGAUGACACGCAAGCUGGAGUCAUUCAAGUUUACAAAGUGAGUCUAAUGAUUUUUUUCAAAGUAAAUUAAAUGCAUUGUCAAAAUUAUUAUAUUAUUAAUAGCUUGUAAAAAUAAAUGUGUUUUAUUAUGAAUGUUAUGUUUGUUAUAAAAUCUAAAACUUGUUAAUUGUUAUUUUUUAAAUGUUAAUACUAAUAUUAAAAUUACAUUUCUGAAUUUUAUUUGAAAUUACUAUUAAGUUUUAGAGUUGAGCUUAUUAAUUAGCAUUACUGUUGUCAAACAAUAAUUUUGGGAUUUGCUGAUAAAGUUCUUUUUUUUUCCAUUUCUAACCAAAAAGUACAUAAUUAUUUAUUAGUAUAAUUGUGAAAUAUUACAACCACAGUAAUUUUUCUUAUUAAUUGGUAUUUUUUUUUUUUUUUAGGUAAAAUUUUUGUUGCGCCUUUUAAAAGGUAGAUUAGAAACUGAUCCUCAAAAAGGAAAAAUGUUAUUGAAACACAUGUGUUAUGAGCUGGAAAGACUUCAUAAUGGUCAAGAAGUAACAUUUCAUGAUGUUUUAAAGUAACUUCAAAAUAUUUUUUUUAAUAUUAUAGAAAUUUGUUUUAAAAUUAUUUUGUUUUUCAUUUAGUAUGUUAUCUUACCGCACAGUUGAUAUAACAAAAGCUCUACAACUUGAAGAAUUAGUAGCUCGUGAAGAUUUUGAAGUAAAUAUUCAAGAAGAAGUUGCCAAACAAACUAUACGUAAUUGGCUCGAGGGAUGUUUACGAAAAAUGAGAGCAGCUAAUGUAAAUUUAAAUAUUACUUAUAAUAGUAUAUGUUAUUGAGGUUAAUUUUUUUACAGAGACAACAAGGUAGUUUAUUAGCCGGUCUUCGCGCUACUAAUGAAAUGAUGCUCAGAGAUUUUGAAGAAAAACAAGCUGCUAACAAUGAAAAAGAAAAUGAAGAAAAAGAUAUUAAAGUAUAUUAUCAUUUGUUUAACCAUUGCAAGGUUUUAAAUAUUAAAUGUUUCAUUGUUUAAUUUCAGUCCGAUAUAAAUCGGCCAAAGUUAAAGUCAACUACAGGAAUUACACGUUCUGAUAGUAUUGGUAGCGCAUCAGGGCGUAAAUUUUUGACACCAACUUUGUCAGACCCAUCAGAUAAAGAAAAAACUCGUAAAGCAUCCUACAGGAAUAUAAAACCAUUAAAUAUGUCCAAUCUUAAUGUAUCAUCUACUUCAAGAGAUCAGAGAACUAAUAUCCCAAAAGUUUCAAAUGCAGUGAAGGAAGUACAUGAAUGGUGGUUAGAUCAAUUAGGCCAUUGUUCAGAUAUAUCAUCUAGUGAUGAUGAUAAUUAUUAAAUUAUUGGAAACUAUGAAAACUAUAAUGUAUUAAUUGAUUUUUAUUGAAUCUUGAAAAAAAAAACACAUUUACAUCCUCAGUUUCUAGGAUUUGGAUGUUUAAUAUUGUGUAAUUUUAAUCAUUCCAUAGCAUUACAAUUAUAUAAUUAUAAUAAUAAUUGUUAUAAUAUUUAUACUUAAGUUAAUAUAAAUAAUUAAUGCAACAUUAUGAUAUUUUAAAAAUAUAAAAUUGUUACAAGCUAAACUAUAAUUUGGUAAAAAAAAUCUUAUUAUAAAAUCAAUAAUGAUUAAUUCUAUGUUAUUAGUAAUGACAGCCAAAUUUUAUUAUACCAGUUAAUUUACUGGUACCAAUAAUAGAAAAACAUUUAUUUUAUAAACAGUAAAAAAAAAAAAUACUAAAAACAAUACUAUUAGUAAAUAAAGUAUUAAAAGUAAGUUAAGUUUUUAAAAUUAAAAUAGUUGGGUUAGUUAUCUUCUGGCGUCAAAUGGUUAACAAAUUCACAGUAUCGUCUACGUCCGUCAAUAUAAAGCAUUGAAUCUAAAAAUAAGUUUUUUAAAUUAGUUAUAUAUAUAUAUAUAUAUAAUUUUGAAAUUCAUUAUUUUUACCGUGAUAGCCUUGAGGUAACACUGCGUCAACAUCUUUUGGUGCAACAAAUACAUGAUAAAAUGAAUUUGAAGUCAAACUUUUUUUACUUUCAAUUUCUUCAACUUUAGCAAUAACUUCAACUAUCAUUAUUCUACCACUUGUAUAACAAAUCUAACAAAUUAAACACUAAUAAAUGUCAAGAUAACUCACAUUUAUAAAUAAUUUCAAAUUUACCUUUCCGAUUAAUUUCAAUCUGCUACCAAUUGGAACUGGUUUGCGAAAAGUAAUACUAUUAAUUGCUUGUGACACCACUCUUGUUUUACUGUGUAUGCUUGCCACUAGAAAUGCAAGCUCAGUAGCUACACGCAUCAAAUAACCCCCGAAAACCGUGUAAUGUAAAUUUCGGUCCUAAAAAAAUUUACAUAUAUAUAUUUAUAUAAAAAUUAUUUUAAAUUAUUACAAAACUAUAUUAUGGUAUUCAUAAAAAAUACUUCAGGAUGGCAAAGAAUGUUAGUUUCAAUUUUAGUAUCAUCCAUCCACACACUAUUGAUUGGCAACACUUUAUUACCAAUUAUUGGUUCAUUUUGAUCAACAGUUUUCAUAAAUGUUUCAUAUAUCAAUGAUUGUUCUUCUGAGGUUGGCAUUCUAUUUAAUAUAGAAUUUUGGCGUGCUCUUUUUCUAUCCUCAUUUUUUUCUGUAUACAUUUUUUAAAUUUUUUCAUACAACAUUAAAUGUAUUUGUUAAAUUCUAAAUUAUGUUAUCUAGUAUUUACUUGCGGAGCGAAAUAAUAUUUGUUCUUCUCUCUCUCCUGAUGGUACCAAAGUAUUAACAAUGACUGAUGAUGUAUUAGUAGGAUCUCGAGCCACAAAUACAAAAUGAGCUCUAGUAAUGCGCUCAUAUUUAUCGCCAUUUAUUUGGUCCAACCAUAAAGUCACCUCUAAUGAAGUUUUGCCAGCAUGUGUUACUUGACCACUGAGAAUUAAAUCUUUAUCGGGCUAAAAUAAAAAUAUUUGUAUAUAUCUAUUUUUUUUUUUAUUCAAACUAAUUAAGUCAACUUACAAAUCUAAUUGGAUUGAUGAUUACAUCGUCUACCAAUAAUGUUACAACAACAUAUGGUGUUGGAAUAUCAACCGGCUGUUUUGGGUUAUAAAUAUGCUUCAUAACAAUCCAAACUUAAAAAAAAAUUAAAAAUAUUAGGUACAUAACUGAUAAUAAAAACUAUUUAUUCAUUUCAGUUUACCGGCAAAAUGAUCCAUAUCUUCUAGAAGACGCCCCAUUCGUAAACCCUUGUGUGUGGUUGUGUACUUAUUUUGUAAUGUUAAGUCAGUACUCAGAGGAACUAUUGCUCUAUCAUAACUAUCCUAUAUAAUUUUUGAAGAUAAAUAUUUUACAACUAUUUGUUAAAAAAAAUUAUAAUUUUCUUCAGAUUUUUUUAAUGAAAAAUAAACAAAAUAGGUAUUAACACUUACAUUCAUAGAGCGAGGAGGUAGUUCACUUUGCGUUGUUGGUAAAUAUUUUGACAACCAACUUCUAUCUUCAUUUUCAUACUUUCCAGUUAUACCCAUUAUAUUAAAUAAUUUUAGUUUAACUAUACGACAAUUGUGUAUAAUUAGUUAAGUUAGGUAGUAUUAUGAAAAAUAGAAUUAUUAUAAUUACUAUCUUGCAUGGUUUGUAAAUUAUCAAUAUCAAUUGGAGGUUUCCGUGCAUCAUUCAUUCGACUUCUGUACAAUAGCUGCUCAUAUAUUCCACAUUGUGAAGAUUUUGUUAAUCUUAAAAUUUUACAAAUAUUAUAUUAUAUACCUGGGUAUAUAAUAUUAUCUUUUUCCAACAGCACAAAAAUUAUCAAAAUCAGAACAUUCUACGGGGUAUGAAAGUUUUACCUGUAAAACAUUUUUUGAACAAAAAAACAGAUCGUGCGCAGGCUUAUUAAGGUUCGGAGCGUAGGCAACUUGUUUUAAUGUUUUCAUAUAAUGAUUUAGACCAAUAAGCAAUGUAAAUUAGAGACUUAAAAUUAAGAUUACUUUCCGAUGUCCGAUUUAAAUGUUUAAAAUAGGUGUGUAUGCAUUUUAUUGACAAAUUCCUCAAUUACACAGGGCGAGUUUACUCGUCGACCAAAGUCGCGCGCGACAAUUGAGCGUGUACCGCCUGUCCGAUUGCGUGAACUACAGCCUCCAAAAUCUUGCAACCACAACUAUAGUUGCAAGCACACUAGUUAUUUUGAUAGCCAUGUGAAUUACACAAAGCGAUUUUACUAGGUGGAGUGUAAAAUAGCUAGCGAGUAACGACGAAAAUAGCCCGACCGUCAGCGCGAGUUAAGUAGGUAACAACGAGUAAAUUCGCUCUGUGUAAUCGAGACUUUAGGAAGUCGAUUUUUAAUUUUCAGUUUUGGAGACGCCUAAAACUACCUAUGAUAUUAUUUAUGAACAUUCCGAAUUCCAUUUGUAUUUAUUUUAGGCAUACCAAAUUUUUAAUCGAAAAUCGAUUUUCUUAAAACCUCGACAAUUUCUCAAUAAAUCCAUAAAUACUUUAACAAUUUAAAUCGAACAUUGGGACGUAUAUGUUUAGUUCCUCACCAACAGUUAUUAAUCUAAAAAGUUAUAUUCAUCCGUAAAAACGACCGUACACCUUCCGCUUAAAUAGAUUACGUGCAGUGGAUAAAUGGAAGUCCAAUCAAUAAAAAGAUUAUAAAAUGGAAAAAAUUAAUUUUUAAAUGUAAUAUAAUUGGAAAACCUGCGACCCCGAUAAAAUGACGCAAUAAAUAGUAGGUAUCCGCAUUUGACGAGAAAAAGAAACUAUUAAAUAUGCGAAGACAGAUACAUUAAUAUAUUACAUAGGAAUGAUUUAUAUUGAGUUAUUUUGAAAAAAAAAAAAUUAAAAAUCAUUUUGGGAAAACGCCACAUUAUGCUAU